AUGCGGAGCUCCGCCGCUCCUUCAUGUUAUUUUGAGGCUGCAAUGGAAGGAAUGAUGAGAACAGUACUUCUAAGGAUUCUUCAUCACCCCCUUCAAUGGAGAAGCGAGGGUCAUCUAUGUCAGAUUACUCCUUUUGACCCUGCAAAGAAGAAGAAAAAGAAGGUCGUGAUUCGAGAUCCUGCAGAAGAUGAUAUUGUUGAUAAUCUGGCUGAGAAAACUGAGAGCCUGUUUGUUUCUGAUGGUCUUGAAACGUCAUUUGCUUGUCUGAAAAAGAAGAAGAAGUCGGUUCAUACCAAUCUUCUAAGUGAUGAGAAAGAGAACGUAGGGGGUGAUAGAGACAGAGUCCAACAACUCACCCUAACCCGCCUCUGUAGCUUCAAUUUUCAGCUGCAGAUUUAUACUUUUUUCCUCUCCUUUUUGCCUUUCAGAUCCCUUUUCGAAUUCGCUCGGCAUCGCAUCGCUGUACUUUCUUUGAAGAAUGUAACGGAAUCAAUGGCGAUAUGGAGAAAAGCCCUAGCAAUUGUUGGCGGAGUAGCAGUAUGGAAUGGACCUCAGUACUUUGGGCUUGAAGCUUUCUUUUUAAUGGGCUGCUAA